AUGUAUCUUAGUGCGGUGUAUUUGCUAACCUACCAGGCCGACAAGAAGUGUAAGAAAGUGGGGGGAUUCUCCUCGUUCUUCGGAUCGUCCCAGCAGUCCAGAUACGAAGAGGCCGGAGACUUGUAUGUCCAAGCUGCUAAUCUAUACAAACUACAAAAACGCAAUGCACAGGCCGGUCAGACCUUUGAAAAGGCCGCAGAGGCACAGAAACUGGCCGAUUCUCCAGAUGAGGCCGCUAAUACACUGGUCGAGGCUUUCAAGAGCUACAAAAUAGAGGUUCCUAUCGAGGCGGCCAGAUGCUUGGAGCAGGCAAUCGAGAUGUUUGUUCGCAAGGGCCAGUUCAGACGCAGUGCAAAUUUCAAGUCCGAUCUGGGCGAGCUGUACGAGAACGAACUAAACGAUAUUCAAAAGGCCAUAGAGAGCUACGAGGACGCUAGCGAAUGGUACAAAGGCGAUUCGGCCUCAGCUCUGGCCAACAAGUUCGCUCUCAAGGCUGCAGACUUGUACUGCGACAGCACUAUCCAGCAAUACUCUAAGGCGGCUGCCGUGUACGAGCGUGUGGCUAAAGAGUCCCUAAACAAUAACCUGGCCAAAUGGUCUUUGAAAGAGUAUUUCUUGAAAGCCAUUUUGUGCAGACUGGCAGACAACAACGACUACGCCAGUGGUAACGCUUUAUUACAGAGAUUCACCCAAUGGGACCCAACGUUCGAGAGCACCAGAGAGUACGAGUUUGCAUCCAAAUUGGUGGAGGCUGUGCGGAAUGGAAGCCCCGACGAAAUCGCAAACAGCGCCAAAGAGUUCGACAAGUUCUCGAGACUGGAUGCGUUCAAAAUCAGAGUGCUCAACAAGAUCAAGACCAGCGUCGUGGAGGCUCCUGAACAACUUGAAGAAGACUUUACCUAG